CCAAAAGAAAUGAACGGCGGGGAUGAAACCUCUUGCCAAAGGCCAAGCCACAAAUCGAAUUCAGCAAACGACGUCGCUUCCCGAGCACUUCUCAGUGCUUGAAAACAAGCUUCAAUGGUGGACCUCUGAACUCGUCAUUCUCUUUCUCUCUCGGCAAUGGGCGUGUUAGGGUUUACGAAGAGCUUCAAUGGCGGAAUCUUCUACAUCAUCAGAAACAGAACAAUAACAUACUCGUUCGAGAAUUUACAGAGAAGAAGAGCUUUAUGUUCAGACUCCAAUAAAUUCAACGGUCACGAUUCGAUAUUGCCUGUUCUGAUCGUCGGUGCUGGCCCUGUUGGACUCGUUCUCUCUUUACUUCUCACCAAAUUAGGUGUCAAGUGUGCAGUUUUAGAGAAAAGCAGGACUUUUUCUAAACAUCCCCAGGCACAUUUCAUCAACAAUCGAUCUAUGGAGGUGUUCCGCAAAUUAGAUGGACUAGCAGAGGACAUCCAAAGGUCCCAACCACCAGUAGAUUUGUGGAGAAAAUUUAUAUAUUGCACAUCACUUUAUGGUUCUAUCCUUGGGUCAGUAGACCACAUGCAACCUCAAGAUCUUGAGCAAGUAGUUAGCCCAGUCUCUGUUGCUCAUUUCUCACAGUACAAACUGACCAGUUUGCUUCUAAAGAAGCUUGAUAACCUCAAUUUCCAAGUUCGGACUAGUGAAAAUUUGGGAGGUCUUGAUCACAGGCCAGUUAGGGAAAAGGAGAUAUUAAUGGGGCAUGAAUGCGU